AUGGCCAACUCGGGCUUGCAGCUGCUGGGCUUCGCGCUGGCCCUGCUGGGCUGGAUCGCCACCCUGGCCGCCACCGUCAUGCCCCAGUGGCAGAUGUCUUCCUACGCCGGGGAAAACAUCAUCACGGCGGUGGCCAUCUACCAGGGCCUCUGGAUGUCGUGCGCCUCGCAGAGCACCGGCCAGAUCCAGUGCAAAGUCUACGACUCGGUGCUCAGCCUCAAGCCCGCCCUGCAAGCCACCCGGGCUCUCAUGGUGCUCUCCAUUGUCCUGGGUGUGGUCGCCAUGGGGGUAGCCAUCAUGGGCAUGAAGUGCACCCGCUGUGGGGGCGAAAACAUGGUUACAAAGGCCCGGAUUGCCAUGACAGGGGGCAUCGUCUUUCUCGUUGCAGGGCUGGCGUCUCUCAUUGCGUGCUCGUGGUACGGACACCAGAUCGUGACGGACUUCUACAACCCCUACACACCUGUCAAUUCCAAGUAUGAGUUUGGAGCCGGGAUUUUCAUCGGCUGGGCUGGCGCGGCACUGGUCAUAUUUGGAGGCGCUCUCCUCUCAUGCUCCUGUCCCAGAAAGUCGGCGGGCUCGAGCUAUGGCCGUUCGUAUCCUCAGGGCAAGCCAAUCUCCAAGCCUCCCAGCAACCGAGAAUAUGUCUAA